GCAUGUUACAGCUUUCGUUCAAUUUCUACGACCCUGCCGACUCAUCCACCGCUCGGCCAGUUCCUUGUUCCGACAAGUUGUGCAAAGCUUCUUUAGAGACCGAAUGCUCACAUCCGACAAAACAGUGCAGAUAUCAUCUGAGAUAUGCAGACGAAGAUGAGAUAGCCGGGUAUUACAUGUCAGAUGAAGUACAUUUUGACAUGAUACUGGUUCAGUCUCAUGUUAAAAUUGAGUCUUCAGCGACCGUUGUUUUCGGGUGUAGUACCUCUGUGGCUGGGCUUUUGGGGGGGACUAUAGCUUCAGUCAACGGAGUAUUUGGAUUCGGCCAAGGGCUAAUGUCAGUUAUAUCACAGUUGUCCUCUCAAGGGGCAACUGCUAAUGUGUUCUCCCAUUGUUUGAAGGGCGAUGACAAUGGAGGUGGUAUACUCGUUCUUGGUGAGAUUUUAGAGCCAAGUAUCGUUUAUACCCCUCUUGUCCCGACAGUGUAUGUCUCUCUUCUUAAAAUUUAUUUUAUUUAA